UAGUCGGUUCUAACCUCUUUAUACGAAAUACUGACUCGGUUACGAGAGCUCACAAAUGCUUCGAUCGGUUAGUGAGACGUGGUCGUUGCAGGAUGCACAGCGCCAGGUUCGAGAACACCUGGCCGGUCGAAGUAGGCGUUUGCUUCGGAAGUCGGCGGACUUCAGUGGUUUAAAUGAGUGCCCACGUACACCAGAGGAGCUCAAGCGGCAGCUGGAAGCUGAGCAGUAUGCGCGCCGGCCAAUUUUCUGUGCGACGACGACCGGUGAAAUCUGCGGCCUAGAAAUACACCAUGAUGACUCUAGAGACGUUGCAGAAAGCGCUAAUCGCAGCACGCUGGAAGUGGCUGAAGACAGUCUCCAACGGGAGAUUGCUGAAAUUUCGCUUGCCGAAGAACGUGAAAUACGUAAUAUGCACGAAAAUAUCGAACGCCAGGUUCAAGAAGAUCACCAACAACGAAUCAAAGUGUACUUAGAGAUGCACGCAACUCUCAAUGCGUUAAUGAGUCGUCGGCGCGAAGAAAUAGAAAGUGAAAGCGCCCGCCGACGUCAGGAUAUGAUAAACAAGGCGAAGAGAAACCGUGAGAUGGUGUUGCAACUCCACAAGGUUUUAGCUGAGAAGAUCGUCACUUCACAAUCACUCGUAAAGAAGAAAUCAGAAGAGAUUUUUCGAUUGGCAGAAAAAGCCAAACUGGAAGAGGAGCGCAUUGAGCUUCAGAAAAAAUUAGAAGAAGAACUGGCAAUCUCUCGUGCGCGAAUCCAGGACCUGGCGGUUAAAAUCGAGCAGUGCAUAGUCAACUUGCAGCAGGAUACACCGCUGGCCCAAAAGGUGGAAAAAAAAUUAUUGGAAGUUAAAUCAUCGCUGCAGAAUGCUCGGAAGGAUCUGCAUGUCGUUGCUGAUGACGGCAUUAAACAAAUGCAAGCUAUUCUCGAUGAAUACGAUCGCGAAUUGAAGGAAAGCGAAGCCCAGCAGGCUCAACAAAAGGCAGCAGAAGCUCAGCACAAGGCAAAGAAUGAAGCGAAGAAAAACGUGGACGAAGAUAUUUACAUGAAAGCAAUUCAGCGUCUAAAGGAAGCCGGUGAAAAGCGAAAAGCAUUUGUUGAAAGCGAGACACGACAACGAAAGGAUAUCCUUCGCGCGAUCCAGCUUACGGUAAAUAAAAUUCAGGUCAAUACAAACAACCUUCAGCACGCGUUAUUCUUUAUAAGGCUGUUUAGCAAAGAAGAGGUUGGACUUCCAGGGCUGAGCGGGUCGCAAUCAGUUAAACUGGGCGAUCAUCCUGAAGCAUCUAACUUCGCGAUGCAUCUAACAGCGGAGCGGCUUCUUUGCAAUAUCGAAAAGCUGUCCUUCACACAGAUCAAAGAAUGGCUGCCGUAUGGCGUGGUCAUCGCAACGAUCUGGUCAGCAUCUCGAAAAUUUGGCGAGAUCUUCUUCGAUCACAUAAUAUCGCGGUGUCCAUUUCUCGCUCCGGUAUAUUUCUCGAAUUUAGAUGCGGAUGAAGCGAGCGAGUACGUGAAAAAAUUCAUUUGUAACAAGCAAGAGGACCAUUCACGUUUUGUGGCAAGAAUGGGCGUCUAUUCCCGCCUUCUCGGUGUGAUCAUGUGUCAGAAACCUCGGUGGGGUCUGCCAUUCCCACCCGAUCGAAUGUGGAGGUUGCUGACGACUACUGCUAAAACCGAGAUACGAUCGAGUGAACUUGCAGAUGUUGCCGCCAUGGUCGUGCAGUCGCUGCUCGAAGCCAGUGGUUACGUGCUUAAGCAGACGUACAGAAGACAGUUUGGCAAGCUGAUGCACGUCCUAUGUACAGAGUUCUUUGGCAAACUCAAUGCCCAGCCAAAGCGACUGCCGAAUGUUGUCAACCUGGAAAGCUUUCUGAAGGAGGUCGCCGCGGUCGGAGGUGACAUCGCACCGCUACCGUCAUUGUAAUUGAAAAUCGUGUAACGUGCGAAUUAGUGAAUGCGUCUGAGGUAAUAAUUGAUUAGGAUAGAUAUUGUCGAAUGUUGGAUAUCAGAGAAUAUUCAUGCUCUGUGCUUUUGAUAAUUUAUCCAUAUAAUAAAAUCGUCUUUUAUUUUCAUUAUCAAUAAAGAACAAUGGUGCAUUGAUAGUAAAUAUGUUACUACUGCUAAUACAGGACUACCCUAAACUGCGUAUGUAUAAUACUAUAAUGUAUAUUGUG